GCGUGCGCGCCGAGCUGGGGACGGCGGGGGACGCGCGUGCGGCAGCUCCUCUCCGCCGGAGCCGCCGGGCUGAAGCCGAGGCUGCCGAUCCCCGCGGACUGGCAGUGGGCGGGGAGCGGGACGCGGGAGAGCCCGGCUCGCGUCGCCGGACAAGUGUUUUGUGUGUGUGUGUGUGUGUGCGAGGCCACGGCGGUCGCCUCGGCGCUCUGAACGCACGGUGCAGAGGGAUGCGAGCGGCCGCGGCGGCUGUACCGGGAGGACCCGAGCGCCGGUGACCUGAGCGAGGGGACACACUCCCCCGGGUCGGCUGAGUGCGGGGGAGGGGACGGCGGGAGCGCGGGGUGCACGCCGGGCGGGGCAGGGGGUCAGUGAUGACCGGGCGCGCGGGGAGGCUGCACGCCGCCGCCGCCGCCGCCCGGAGCAUCUGCCGCCCGAGCUGCGGAUCGCGGCCGCCGCCCCGGCCAUGGAGACGACGCUGAACGGCCCCGCGGGCGGCGGCGCCCCGGACACCAAGCCGCAGCCUGCCGGCCAGCAUCCCCGCCACCACCACCUGCACCCGCUGGCCGAGAGGAGGCGGCUGCACCGCGCGCCGUCGCCCGCCAGACCCUUCCUCAAGGACCUGCACACGCGGCCCGCCACGGCCACCCCCCCUGCGGGCCGAGCCCCGACUCCCGCGGCUCCUCGCUCGCCUAGCCUCGCCGGGAAGGCGCCGCCGUCGCCCGGGCCCCCGGCCGCGCCUGGUCGCCUCUCCCGACGCAGCGGCGUAGUCCCCGGCGCGAAGGACAAGCCGCCGCCGGGCGCCGGAGUCAGGUCGGCGGGCGGCGCCAAGGCCACCCCGGGGACCAGGAGGGCGGCGCGCGCGGGGCCCGCCGAGCCACUGUCCCGGGCUGGGAGGCCGGCUGGGGCCGAGCCGCCGCCUGCGGUCGCGAAGGGCCGCAAAGCCAAGCGCGGCCCCGGGACGCCUCCAGCUCGCGCCGUCGUGCCCCCGGCUCCCGCCGCCCGGGUCCCCGCCGUGACCCUCUCUGUGACCUCGGUGACUGGCUCUCGUAUUAACCACACGGACAGCAGCUCGGAUCUCUCCGACUGCGCCUCCGAACCCUUGUCUGAUGAGCAGCGCCUGCUCCCCGCCGCCAGCAGCGACGCCGAGUCGGGCACCGGCUCCAGUGACCGGGAACCCCUACGCGGAGCACCCACUCCCAGCUCCGGAUCCCGCGGGCCGCCGCCGGGCAGCCCCGAGCCCCCUACGCUGCUCGCGGCGCCCCCUGUCGCCAGUGCCUGUCUCGGGGGCCGAAGCAGCCCAGGCGGGACCCCCUCAGGGUCCCCGGGACCCGGUUCGCAGGAGGAUGUUGGGGGCCGAGUGCCACCGGAGCGGACGAUUCUGGGGACCUCCAAGGACCCUAGUUUGGGUGAACAGCCCCGGCUCUUGGUGGUGGCAGAGGAAGAGGAGCUGCUGAGGGAGAUGGAGGAACUGCGCUCGGAGAACGACUACCUCAAGGACGAGCUGGAUGAGCUCCGUGCAGAGAUGGAGGAGAUGAGAGACAGCUAUCUGGAGGAGGACGGGUACCAGCUGCAGGAGCUCCGGAGAGAGCUGGACCGUGCUAACAAGAACUGCAGAAUCCUGCAGUACCGACUCAGGAAAGCUGAGCAGAAGAGCCUGAGAGUGGCGGAAACAGGGCAGGUGGACGGGGAACUUAUCAGAAGCCUGGAGCAAGACUUGAAGGUAGCCAAAGAUGUGUCUGUCAGAUUACACCAUGAACUUGAGACCGUGGAGGAGAAACGUGCUAAAGCCGAAGAUGACAACGAGACACUCCGGCAGCAGAUGAUCGAGGUGGAGGUAUCCAGACAGACCCUCCAGAAUGAGCUAGAGAGACUGAGAGAGAGUUCUCUGAAGAGAAGAGGCAGCCGGGAAAUGUACAAAGAGAAGAAACUUGUCAACCAGCAGAAUGGUGGAAUGGAACGUCCUGGGAACUGCAGGUCGGCCACCAAAACCCAAAGGAAGCUGGCACCGAGGCGAAAGAUAACCCUCCCUCGGGCUGUUCUUGCCUGGCAGGACGACAGUGCGGAUUUGAAGUGUCAGCUUCAGUUUGCCAAAGAGGAAGCUUCCCUGAUGCGCAAAAAGAUGGCCAAGUUGGGGCGGGAGAAGGACGAGUUGGAGCAGGAACUGCAGAAGUACAAGUCCCUCUAUGGUGAUGUGGACAGUCCCCUCCCAACAGGGGAGGCUGGUGGUCCCCCCAGCACCAGGGAGGCAGAGCUGAAGCUGCGGCUGAAGUUGGUGGAGGAGGAAGCCAGCAUCUUGGGCCGGAAGAUCGUGGAACUGGAGGUGGAAAACCGCGGCCUCAAGGCAGAGAUGGAGGACAUACGAGUUCAGCACGAGCGAGAGGGAACAGGCAGGGACCACGUGCCAAGCAUUCCUACCUCACCCUUCGGAGACUCAAUGGAGUCCUCCACAGAGCUCCGCCGGCACCUGCAGUUUGUGGAAGAAGAGGCUGAGCUGCUGAGGAGAUCCAUAUCUGAGAUUGAAGACCACAAUCGGCAGUUGACCCACGAGCUGAGCAAGUUCAAGUUUGAGCCUCACCAGGAGUCAGCGUGGCUCGGGGACGGUGUAACUAAGGGCCCAGGGGCCAGCGUUCCCCUACAGGAGGAGCUGAAGUCAGCCAGGCUACAGAUCGAUGAGCUGAGCGGGAAGGUACUGAAGCUGCAGUGUGAGAACCGGCUGCUGCUGUCCAAUGCCCAGCGGUGUGACCUUGCCGCGCAUCUGGGGCUACGUGCUCCGAGCCCUCGAGACAGUGACGUGGAGAGCGACGCAGGCAAGAAAGAGAGCGACGGGGAAGAGGGCCGCCUUCCCCAGCCAAAGCGAGAAGGCCCUGUUGGUGGGGAGAGCGACUCGGAGGACAUGUUCGAGAAGACCUCAGGCUUUGGAAGUGGAAAGCCUUCCGAGGCGAGCGAGCCAUGCCCAGCAGAACUCCUAAGGGUCCGGGAGGACACCGAGUGCCUGGUGACCAUAAAGCUGGAGGCCCAGCGGCUUGAGCGGACUGUUGAGCGCCUUAUCUCCGACACGGAUGGCUUCAUCCGUGACUCAGGCCUGUGGGGCAAUGGAUUGGCCUCACCUGGAGUCCAAGGUGAAGGUGAGGGCAACAGCCCGAAUGAGCCCCACCUUUUGGAGACCAUCAAUGUGAGGAUGAAGGCUUUCAGGAAAGAGCUACAGGCCUUCCUGGAGCAGAUGUCCCGGAUUGUGGAUGGUCUCUCGCCCUUAUCCCACCUUACAGAGUCAUCCAGCUUCCUCUCCACUGUGACUUCUGUGUCCCGGGACUCCCCCAUCGGGACCCUGGGGAAGGAGCUGGGCCCAGACUUGCAGUCCAGACUGAGAGAGCAGCUGGAAUGGCAGCUCAAUCAGGAUCGAGGGGAUGAGCGAGAGGGCCCGCGCCUCCGAGCCACUCGGGAGCUGCACAGGCACGCUGACGGGGAUUCUGGAAGCCAUGGGCUGGGAGGCCAGAGCAGUUUCAACCUAGAGCUCAGGGGCUCCCCAGUUUUACCUGAGCAGAGUGUGUCGGUAGAAGAGCUACAGGGUCAGCUCGAGCAGGCGGCCAGACUGCAUCAAGAGGAGACAGAGACAUACACAAACAAGAUCCGUAAGAUGGAGGAGGACCACCUCUACGCCCUGCGGUGGAAGGAGCUGGAGAUGCACAGCCUGGCCCUGCAGAACACCCUUCACAAGCGAACUUGGAGCGACGAGAAGAACGUGCUACAGCAGGAGCUCAGGUCCUUGAAGCAGAACAUUUUCCUCUUCUACGUCAAGCUCAGGUGGCUGCUGAAACACUGGCGCCAGGGGAAGCAGAUGGAGGAGGGAGGCGAGGAUUUCACAGAGAGCGAACAUCCAGAGAACAUGCCUGGGCUUUCUGAGCUUGGAGUCCAGGGGUGUCACCAGACAGACGGGACAGACCAGGAGGAUGCUGACCGAGGCUGUGGCCUUCCCAUGGGAGAGCAUGCCCCACACUCCCCGGUACAGAUCAGCGAACAUGGAUCACGGCUGCAGACUGCAGACGGGGGACCACUCAACAAACAGGUGGUGGAAAACCAGCAGCUCUUUAGGGCCCUCAAGGCUCUGCUGGAGGACUUCCGUUCUGAGCUGCGUGAAGACGAGCAUGCGCGGCUGCGGCUGCAGCAGCAGUACGCCAGUGACAAGGCUGCGUGGGACGUGGAAUGGGCUGUGCUCAAGUGCCGCCUGGAACAGCUGGAAGAGAAGACUGAGAAAAGCUUGGGAGAGCUAGACUCCUCUGCUGAGGGCAAAGGGGCCUUGAAGAAGGAGAGAGAGGUACACCAGAAACUGCUGGCUGACAGCCAUGGCCUGGUUAUGGACCUGCGCUGGCAGAUCCAUCACCGAGAAAAGAACUGGAACCGGGAGAAGGUGGAGCUGCUGGAGCGUCUGGACAGCGAGCGACAGGAGUGGGGGCGACAGAAGGAGGAGCUCCUAUGGCGGGUGGAACAGUUACAGAAAGAGAGAAGUCCCCGAAGAAGCGGCAGCCUCCUCUGCAGCCGAAGGGAAGACGACACCCACCCUUACCCACACCAAGGAAGCCUGCGCCCCUCCCGACCUGUGUCCGUGUGGCCCACUGAGGACACUGACCCCAUCCCAUUUGAAGACCGGCCGCUUUCCAAACUGAAGGAGUCGGACAGGUGCUCAGCCAGCGAGAACCUGUACUUGGAUGCUUUGUCCCUGGAUGAAGAUCCAGAGGAUCUGCCACCUCUCAGGAACUGCCUUGCCGAGGAAGAAGAAGGUCGCAAGGGAAAUCUUCAAAGGGCUGUAUCUGUGUCCUGUAUGUCUGAGUUCCAGCGUCUGAUGGACGUCUCUCCGUUCCUGCCUGAGAAGGGGCUACCAUCUGCCAGCAGCAAGGAGGAUGUCACCCCACCCUUGUCUCCCGAUGACCUGAAGUACAUUGAAGAGUUCCACAGCAAUGACUGGGAUUACGCAUCCCCCAGGGCUGGGGCCGAUCGGCCUCCAGACCUCUGGGCAGACAGGACCGAGGUGGGGCGGGUGGGGCACGAGACCACCACAGAGCCUUGUCCGGAUUCCUCCUGGUACCUGACCACAAGUGUCACAAUGACUACAGACACCAUGACCAGUCCAGAGCACUGCCAGAAGCAGCCCCUGCGGACCCACGUCCUCACCGAGCAGUCUGGGGUGCAUGUGCUGCAUAGCCCGCCUGCCAUUCGCCGCGUUGACAGUAUAGCGUCAGGUGGCGAGGGUAGGAGCCGAGCAGACCCCGAGGGCCCCUUUCCUAUGAGCAGAGCAAGAGGGAACCUGGCAGAAGGCAAGGGAGGUCAUUCAGAACCUGUGCUCAACAGGUGGUCUUGCACCCCACCCAGACACCCCCGAGACUGUGUAGAGGGGUCUCUCCGCCCCCUCGACAGACCUAUUUGCCCCUCUCUGGGAUUUGCCUCCCCUCUGAACAGCCUAGAUAUGUCUAAGAACAUGAGCGACGACAUGAAGGAGGUGGCCUUUUCUGUCAGGAAUGCCAUCUGCUCAGGUCCUGCCGAGCCACACGUCAGGGAUAUGGCCUGCCAGACCAAUGGGUCCAGGACAGCAGGGACACAGACCACCCAGACAAUCAGUGUGGGCCUGCAGACCGAGGCCCUACGUGCCAGCGGUGUCACCAGCAGCCCCCACAAGUGUCUCACGCCAAAAGCCGGAGGUGGCACCACGCCCGUGUCUUCUCCUUCCCGCAGCCUUAGGAGCAGACAGGUGGCCCCUGCCAUCGAGAAGGUGCAGGCCAAGUUCGAACGCACCUGCUGCUCCCCAAAGUACGGUUCUCCUAAACUUCAGAGGAAGCCCCUCUCAAAAGCUGACCAGCCAAAUAGCAGGACCUCACCAUGCAUGCCCCAGAAAGGGUUCAGCGAGUCGGCCUGGGCCCGCUCCACCACCACAAGGGAGAGCCCUGUGCACACCACCAUCAAUGAUGGCCUCUCCAGCCUCUUCAACAUCAUCGACCACAGUCCCGUCGGGGUUCGGGCUGGGAGCCGAUCUCGAUCAGCUGAACCGCGACAGGAGCUGGGUCCAGGCCAGGAAACAGGCACCAGUUCCCGCGGAAGGUCACCCAGCCCCUUAGGGGUAGGCUCAGAGGUGCUCAGGGAGGAUGGGGGAGAGAGCACUCCAGUGAGACAGGACUUAUCCGCGCCCCCUGGCUACACGCUCACUGAGAAUGUGGCCCGGAUCCUCAACAAAAAGUUGUUGGAGCAUGCCUUAAAGGAGGAGAGGAAGCAAGCCACCCAUGGCUCCUCAGGUCUCACCAGCGACAGCCACACUGGAGAACCAGUGCCAGCUGAACCAGGAUCCAUGGAGGAACUGCCUUGUUCUGCGCUCGCGCCCUCCCUAGAGCCCUGCUUCUCCAGGCCAGAGAGACCAGCAAACCGCCGCCUUCCAUCCCGUUGGGCCCCACCUUCCCCCACUGCCUCACAGUCUCAGUCACCCGGAGACCCAGUGUCCAUGGAGGAACGCGGUGAGGAGGACCCGCCAGAGGAGAAGCCGUACCCACGACUGGAUGCAAGCUUGCAUGGAUGACCGCUGGAAUAGUUCACUGUAAUUUGCAUCACCAGACCAUCACCACCAUCAACAAACCUCCACCCCAAAGGAAAGAUGUAGCUUUCUCAAAGUCAAAGGAUGUUUUUUAAAAAAAGACAUACGGCUACUGAAUGUUCAACCUGGUAAACUGAGGUGUUUCGGGGAUGAAACAGCAAACGUGCCUGUAAUAAUUUUUUCAUAGCUCAGAAAACUAUUUUUGUCUCCAUCUUUUUUACACACAAUAUAUUAAACAAAAAGGUAAAUAAGGUAUAAAUAGAUUUAAAGAGUUUUAAAAAUGUACAUUUUAAGAGAUUCCGAACACCCUUGCUCUCGGUUCUGCCUGCCUGUUGAAUUUGCACUGUUCCAUUCUGGUUGGGUUUCUCCAUGUUGAGUUCAGAGUGUUCCAAGUAAAAUUUUAUUUUGUCCAGGUCUUAAUUUUUUUUAGGAGUCUUUCUUAAUGCUUCAGACUGUCUUAACUCAGUGAACUUUUUGUAGUGAAAAGGCUGAGAGGCCAGAAGACAAGAGUGUCUGUAAUCUGAAGGAUGCAGGUCAACAUUUCCGAAAAGGUAUGGAGCUCUUCAGAUGGACUUAGGACUCUGCGUGACCCAUCUGCCCAGCCUGACCGCACGUCCUCGGGCACCUGUACAUACACUGCUCUGUCCCUGCCCUCGUCUGUGUGUGUGUCGGUCCGGUCCACUGGAACUCGUUGUGAAGUUCCUUGUACUGUAUGUUCUGUUGCUGUUGGUCCCUUGUACCAAUUAGACAACAGCGCCAUUUUUAAAUUAUUGUUAAAACAUUAACUGAUGGUGUACAAAGCUCACCCAACAUCUUCUUGUUUAAGGAAAAGCACUACAAAAAAUCCUGAGGAGGCCAAACCAAGACAGACAGAGGUGCCUCAGGCAGGUCUGCCUGAGACCACAGUGACAUGGAAAUAAAGUCCUUACAAGGAAGCAACAG